AUGGCAGAGCGAGAGGCCGCCUUGGAUCUGGAAUGGCAGGUCAUGGACGUCCGUGAUCUCAAGUUUCCUGACAAGUCCUUCGACAUCGCGAUUGACAAAGGUACGCUGGACGCAAUGCUCCAUGGCUCGCUUUGGGAUCCGGAAGACGAUGUCAAAGAGAACACCAAGGCAUACGUUGACGAGGUUGCGCGCAUACUGAGACCUGGUGGUGCCUGGCUGUACGUGACUUACCGGCAGCCUCACUUUCUCAAACCAAUGUUGGCUCGCCCGGACAUGUGGUCUCUGCAUGUAGAGUCCCUCGAAGACGUCCCAGGCUCUUUCGAAUAUUUUGGAUUCGUUAUGACCAAGCUCAUUACUGCUUGA